GUGCCGGGGCGGGGCUGAGGCGGGCCGGGCCGGGCUGGGCCGGGCCGGGCGGCGGUGGCUCCUCCGCUUUCUUCCCGGCCCGCCCGUUCGGCGCUGCCGGGCUGCGAGUCUCCGCUCACCAGCACCGGCCCCGGAAGAGAAGGAGUGUUCGGGGCCUCGUCGCUCCCGAGAUGUCGCAGAGUGCCAUGGCCGAGACCUACGCUGUGAACACUGUUAAUGAAAUUAAUGAUUUCCUGUUUAAGUUCUUGGUCAUAGGAAAUGCUGGAACUGGAAAAUCCUGCUUACUACACCAAUUUAUUGAAAAGAAAUUCAAGGAUGACUCAAAUCAUACUAUAGGAGUGGAAUUUGGUUCAAAGAUCAUAAAUGUUGGUGGUAAAUAUGUAAAAUUGCAGAUAUGGGAUACAGCAGGACAAGAGAGAUUCAGGUCUGUAACAAGGAGUUACUAUAGAGGAGCUGCAGGUGCUUUGCUUGUCUAUGAUAUAACCAGCCGUGAAACCUACAAUGCCCUUACUAAUUGGUUGACGGAUGCAAGAAUGUUAGCAAGUCAAAAUAUUGUGAUAAUACUGUGCGGAAACAAAAAGGAUCUUGAUGCAGAUCGUGAAGUUACUUUUUUAGAAGCAUCCCGGUUUGCACAAGAAAAUGAGCUGAUGUUCUUAGAAACGAGUGCGCUAACAGGAGAAAAUGUUGAAGAGGCCUUUGUACAAUGUGCAAGAAAAAUACUCAAUAAAAUUGAAUCAGGAGAACUGGAUCCAGAAAGAAUGGGCUCAGGUAUUCAGUAUGGAGAUGCUGCCUUGAGACAGUUGAGAUCACCACGUAGAGCCCAAGCACAAAGUGCUCAAGAAUGUGGGUGUUAAAGAAAUGAAACAUAAAAUCCCAAAUACUUACUUUAGAUACAGAAGAAGCUGAGUUUUUAGAGUGGUCAGAUGCAGGUAACUGACAGAGUUUUUGUGUAUUUUACAGCUGUCCUUGCAAAUGGUGUUUGGAGAAACAACAGCUUGAAGGCUAUGCGGUUUUUAAAAACAUCUUUCCACUAUCUACAGACAGGGCAGACCACUGCUGACGGAACCGUGUUGUGUGGGACAGGAAUAUUCAUGUGACAGUCAAGUCUGUGAAGCAGACUUGCUAAUUUGGUGGACAGUAUUAAAACUCAUACCUGUAUGUAACCAUUAUCAUUAUCUAUUUUUGUUCUUUCACCUCUAGUUUAAAGCACUGCUUAUAUCCUGUAAAUAAUGUAACAGUAAAUUUACGAAGCAUGGUAUACUUACGUAUGCUGAUAGAAUGUUGCACUACAAGCAGUUUAAUAUUUUAUUUUUUUAUCAUAUAAACAGAUUUAACC